AUGUGUUGCGCGUCAGGAAAAGUGCAACUACCUGAAAUUGAAACACCACCUGAACCAUUGAUCGGCUUACUCAUCAGCACGGAUCCAGAUUCUAACGAGUUCCUGAAGUCAAUUCGAAGAUUCAAUUCAAGCUUUCAAAUGACAUUGUUCGGAGCAACAGAAAUAGUUCGAAAUACUAAUGCAAAUGGUCAACAAUUCAAUUCUACAUUCAAAAUCAGAGGCCAAGUUUAUCAUAAAAUGGGCUCACUGCUGCCAAUGCCAAACGAACCACAUAAAUUCUUACAAAUAUAUUUUAUGGGCGGCGAUGAUUCCUUAAGCGCACUUGCCAAUCGCGUGAAUGCACGUUUUUACUAUAAUAACCUUGAUUCACUUUAUGCCAGGCGCGUCGUCGGCGAGCUAGAUGCUCUUUUGAACGAGCACAACGAGUUGUUGAAAAUAUUCAAAUCACAUAUUAUGCACCAAUUACAAAGCGAUAAUCACGCUAUCGUCAUUAAUCCUGAUAAAACACCAGCUGGAGAGCAUUUUCGUAGAUUCAAUGCACCCGUUGUUGAUGAUGUUGCUGGAAUCAUGGUUGGCGAUUGUACAGCUGCACGAGAAAUUGUGAUUCGUAGAAGAAAUAAUAACUUUCAGUUCAUUGCUGACACACAUCGUUCAUAUGACGCUCUCCAAUAUACGCUAAUAUUUUGGAAGGAACAAGACGGAUAUUGCAUAAACAUAAAACAACGAGAUCCCGUAUCAGGAGUUGAAACAAACAAGAACGUUAGCUCAAAGGAUUAUUAUGCGUACCGAUUAAUGAUUAGACGUGGCCUGGACAACGUCAUUUUGCGAUGUCGUGAGCUUUGUCAACAAUUCAUGGUCGACAUGUACGCGAAGAUUGAGAGCAAACGACUACGAUACUUACGAUAUAAUCAACAAAAGCUGCGCGCGGAUGAGUACAUUCAUUUGCGAGACGCUAUCAACAACAACGCCGACGUCGCCGAAAUUGGUAACCAUGUCAUUUUACCAUCAUCGUACGUAGGCAGUCCACGUCAUUUGCAAGAAUAUAUACAGGAUGCUCUGACUUACGUGCGCGAAUAUGGACGACCAUGUUUAUUUUUCACGUUCACAUGUAAUCCAAAAUGGCCAGAGAUUACAUCUUUGCUACUGCCUGGCCAAAAUGCAAUACAUCGCCAUGACAUUACAGCACGUGUGUUCAGACAAAAGUUGAAGUCUUUAAUAAGUUUCAUUACUAAAUCACAUGUAUUUGGUCCCACACGUUGCUGGAUGUAUUCGGUUGAGUGGCAAAAGCGAGGAUUACCUCAUGCACACAUUUUGGUUUGGUUCAUCGACAAAAUCCGUCCUGAAGAAAUCGAUAGUAUCAUUUCUGCGGAAAUUCCAGAUCCAUCCACCGACCAACUGCUGUUUGAUAUUGUUACAACAAACAUGAUUCAUGGUCCAUGUGGUACUCUAAAUAGUUCAUCGCCUUGCAUGGCUGAUGGAAAAUGUACUAAAAAUUUCCCUAAAGAUUUUACCAAUGAUACGGUCACAAAUAACGACGAAUACCCAAUAUAUCGUCGAAGAAAUCAAGAAAAUGGCGGACAGUCAUUUAUUAAAAAUAUCAUCAACACAGACAUUGAUAUUGACAAUCGUUGGGUGGUGCCAUAUUCGCCUCUGCUGAGCAAGACAUAUAAUGCUCAUAUUAAUGUUGAGUUCUGCAGUUCUGUGAAGAGCAUCAAAUACAUUUGCAAGUAUGUCCAUAAAGGCAGUGAUAUGGCGGUGUUUAGAGUGGAAAAUAUUAAUGUGAAAGCUCCUCCAGUGAAUAAAAACGAUGAAAUAACGCUCUACCAAAUUGGUCGGUACAUCAGCUCCAAUGAAGCUGCUUGGCGUAUCUUUGGUUUUCCAAUUCAUGAACGGGAUCCAGCAGUUGUUAAGUUAGCCAUCUAUCUUGAAAACGGUCAGCGUGUAUUUUUCACGAACGAGACAGCGAUUGAUCGUGCAAUAAAUCCACCUAAAACUACACUCACUGCAUUUUUUGAAUUGUGUAAUCGUGCGGAUGAUUUUGGUGCCUUUGCACGAACAUUACUCUAUUCACAAGUACCACACUAUUUCACAUGUACUCAAACAAAAACAUGGAUGCCCCGCAAGCAAGCCAAUCCAAGACACACGGAGUGCUUUUAUCUUCGACUGUUGUUGGUUAAUGUUACUGGCCCAUUAUCAUUUAAAGAUAUACGUAAAGUGAAUGGGCAACAAUAUCCAACGUAUAAAGAUGCAUGCCUUGCACUCGGCUUGCUUGAAGACGACAACCAGUGGGAAUGCAUGCUUGCUGAAGCUGCAUUGAACUGUACAGCAAUACAAAUUCGUCUACUAUUCGCUAUAGUGUUGACUACAUGCUUCCCAGCCCGAGCACAGAUAUUAUGGGAAAAUCACAAAGAUUCAAUGACUGAUGAUAUAUUGCAUCAACAUCGUAUACGGUGCCACGAUCUAACCAUAACAUUCAGCGACGAAAUGUACAAUGAAGCAUUGAUUGCUAUUGAGGAUCUUUGCAUUGUCAUUGCCAACUUACCACUUAGUAAUUUCGGUAUGAAUUCGCCAAAUCGAACUGCAUCUGAUUUAAUGAAUACUGAAAUGAAUCGUGAACUGCAGUACAGUACUGUAGAAAUGGCAGCGAUUGUUGCCCGCAAUGUCCCACUAAUGAAUGAGGAACAAACAACCAUUUAUGAUCGCAUUAUGCUCGCAGUUUCAGCUGGACAAGGUGGGUUCUUCUUUUUGGAUGCACUGGGUGGAACUGGCAAAACAUUCGUUAUUUCGCUAAUUCUUGCUGAAAUACGAUCAAAUAAUGGGAUCGCAUUGGCCGUUGCAUCAUCGGGCAUUGCAGCAACUAUAUUGGAUAGAGGUAGAACAGCUCAUUCAGUAUUUAAGCUGCCACUAAAUAUUCAGAAUAACCCUGACGCAGUAUGCAACAUUAAGAUACAAUCGUCCAUGGCCACUGUGCUAAAACGGUGUAAAAUUAUUAUUUGGGAUGAAUGUACUAUGGCACACAAACAUUCACUUGAGGCGUUGAACAAGACAUUGAAAGAUAUUAAAAACAGUGACAAACUAUUUGGCGGAACUCUGUUGGUCCUUUCAGGUGAUUUCAGACAAACACUUCCAGUCAUUCCACGUUCCACAUACGCUGAUGAGAUCAACGCUUGCUUAAAAUCAUCUCCAUUGUGGCGUAAUGUUGAAAAAUUACAGCUAAAAAUAAAUAUGCGCAUUCAAAUGCUUCAAGAUCCAUCCGCUGAAACAUUUUCAAAACAACUCUUAGAUAUCGGUGAUGGAAAAGUUGCUAUAGAUGAAACUGGAAACGUAAAAUUACCGACCGAUUUCUGCACAAUCGCUGAUUCGCAAGAUACUCUCAUUGAACAAAUAUUUCCCGAUGUACACACACAGUACAUAAAUCAUGAGUGGCUUGCAGAAAGAGCGAUUUUAGCGGCAAUAAAUGUAGACGUUGACAAUAUAAAUCUGAAGAUACAGAUGUUGUUGCCAGAGAACUUGGUAUCGUAUAAAUCUAUUGAUACGGUUUGCGACGACAGCGAAGCAGUAAACUUUCCCACAGAGUUUUUGAACUCACUGGAUUUUCCAGGCAUGCCACCGCAUAAUUUACAAUUAAAGGUUGGAUCUCCAAUUAUCAUGCUUCGUAAUUUGAACCCGCCCCGGUUGUGCGACGGUACGCGAUUAGUCAUUCAAAAAUUAAUGAAAAACGUGAUCGAAGCCAGGAUUUUAAAUGGCAAGUUCAGAGGUGAAAAUAUACUCAUACCACGGAUUCCUAUUAUACCUACUAAUGUGCCAAUUCAAUUCAAACGUAUUCAGUUUCCGAUUAGAUUGGUAUUUGCAAUGACUAUCAACAAAUCCCAAGGUCAAACGAUGUCUGUUUGUGGAUUAGAUUUGUGA